AUGGGUAUUCUUAAGAAUUACGAAGGUGACGGACAUGAAAAUGAACAUGUCAACAUUAUGUCACUUAUUGAUCCAUCGAUACCUACAGAACCUUUAACCAGUGAUGCAGCAUCAUCAUCAUCCAGUGACGAUGAAGAAGUACACGAAAAUGUAAUUUUACCAACUCCGGCAAUUCUUUCGGCUGCUCCACUUACAUCAACUCGAGCACACAAGGUAAAAAAGCUUGCAUCGAAAAUUCCGAAACCAACAUUACAAAUUAAAAAUAUUGGCGGUAAAAAAUCGCAAGGGCACCGACAAGCAAGACGGCACGAAAAUAUGUGCUUCUUAUUGAAUCUUGCAACGGAUUUAGAUGAAGAUUUUGCUGAAGUGAACAUCAAUGAUCUUGUUGAAACAACUGUUUCAGCAUUUGCACAACUUUUAUUAAGUAAAAAUAAAAUGAAGAUUUGGAAUGAAUUUGUCGAAUUGUCUGAACGCCAACAAGAACAUAUUGUUAAAAUGGCAACGAAUAAAAAGGCAACGAAAAAGAUUCGAAAAUGUGUUAACAACGAUACAACAACAACAACAACUCUUAGCUGUAGUAGUGAUGAUGCUUUCGAAACAUUUGUUCUUAUUGAAAACCAUACAACAAUGAGUGACAAUCAAUCUAUUGAUCCAAUAUAUCGACAAGAAGAAGCUGAUUCAUGUUUUCGUCGUGUUGAUCCAAAUAUUCGCUAUACAUUGAAAAGUAUGAUGAAACGAAAUCAUUUACCGAUAGAUCGUAUUAUUUCCUAUGAAGAUGAUAUAGUUCCGUUUUUCAAAGAACAUCCUGAUUCAGUUUAUGUACGAGAUUUAAGUAACGGCUUUGACCGUAUGCUACUUCAUGCUGUUUGUCAAUAUUUAAAUUUGAUUUCGAAAAGCUUUAGUCAAGAUGGCGAAAGGUAUACUCAAGUUGAAAAUCGUCGUAUCGAAUUCAUUCCACCGAUAAUGCUUCUUUCGGAAUAUGUUAAAUUACUCGAUGGAACGAUGAAAAGUGCUCUGUAA